UCGGUUUUAUCUUUAUCAACAACUUUUGAAUUUUGAAUUUUGAUUCCUAAAUUUUAGUUGUCAGCUGGAUGUGUGAAACUUCAAGUGUAUCCGUGUGAAAAUGCCACAUAAAUGAUGUAAAACCUCACUUAAUCUUCUUAUUUUUACUCAGAAAGGCAGAUGUUUCAUCAAUCUUAAUUGCGUGGGUUUUCUGCGCUUGAGCCUACAAUGGCUAAUUUUACUGUCGGCAGCCGCGUUGAAGUUACCGGCAAAGAUGUUCAAGGAACAGUUGCAUUUAUUGGGCCAACAUCAUUCUCUCAAGGGAAAUGGGUUGGAAUUAUCCUAGACGAGCCAAAAGGAAAAAACAAUGGCACCAUCAAAGGGAAGCAGUAUUUUCAGUGUCCCGACAACUAUGGAAUGUUCGUUCGUCAAAUGCAACUCACUCUUAUCGAUGAGAGUGGGAAUCGCAUUGAUAUGGCCAAUUCUGGAUCCACGUCUCUAACAUCCCUAGAUGACUCGACCUCUUCUAAGCUGACACCUCCAGGACAGCGUUCCAGGUUGAGCAGCAAUAUCCGGAAGCGUCCAGAGCCCACUGUCUCUCGGUUAUCUCUGGCCAGUUCAAAAAGUGGCUCCACUCCGUCAAGGAGCAAGGAAGAUGUGCGACUAUCCACCGGAACCCUCGCUGACUCUUCGUUGUCAGACAAUUCAACACCGUCUGAGGCCAAAUCCGCUAAUGGUCAGCAAGAUCCACCAUCGCUUCAGAAACGUGCAUCCUUCGUAGAGCAAUCUAAAAACUCUCCGUCUACUCCAAAGACCUCCAAACUGACCUCCAAAUUAGUUGCUCCUAAAGUGAGAUCGAAAUUUUCAUCUCCCAAAAUACAGGCUAAUACCAGUAGUAGCUCCAAUGUCGAACCUAAUUCCAAUUCGCUUGACCAACAAACUGGUUUUGUCGAAACUUUGAAACCGCAGUUCACACCAGGUCAAGUCAUGCAACCAGCCUCAGGUCCGGCAUCAACGCAAAGACCACCUCCGGGUCCUGUAAUCGACCCAGCAGAGCAUGAGGCACUGAAAUCUCAAGUCAAAGAUUUAACUGAAAAGUUAGACACAAUGAGACUGAAACACAAAGAAAAGACGCAAACACUGGAAGCCAUGAAAAUUCAGCUGGACCAAGCUGCUGAGUUUAAAAUAAAAAUUAUCGAAUCACAAGCUAAUUUGAAGAAAGACAUCGAACGCUUGAAAAAAGAGAAGCAAGAUGCUCUAGAGGCCAAAAAUGAAUUUUCUGACCUAGCAGAAACUUUGGAAAUGGCAACUCUCGACAAAGAAAUGGCAGAGGAGAAGGCAGAAACGUUAGAGUUAGAACUGGAGCAAGCAAACGAAAGGAUUGAAGAGCUUACACUUGAUCUAGAAAUAAUGAAAGCCGAACUUGAAAAAAUCACUAGCGGACACAAUGCAGAAAUCAAUAAUGAAGAUGGAGCGCCCGUCACAAACUAUCAGCUAAAACAGUUAGAGCAGCAAAAUAUCAGGCUUCAUGAAACUUUAGUCAGGAUGAGAGAUGUUUCUGCUCAUGAAAAACAUGAAACACAAAAACUGCAGAAGGAGCUUGAACAACGAAAAGCAGAAAUAAACGAUUUAAGAAAAAAUACGGACAAAUUAACUGCUCGCUGUGCUGAGUUGGAGGAGCAAGUGGCUGAUCUACACGAACAAGUGGAUGCUGCUUUAGGUGCGGAAGAAAUGGUAGAACAACUUAGUUUACAAAAAUUAGUCCUGGAGGAAAACGUUAGUAAAUUGCAAGAGGAAGUAUUUGAUUUAGAAGCUCUGAAGGACAUCAGCGAUCAAUUGCAAGAAGACAGCCGAGAGCUUGAACUUCAACUUCGUCAAGAUGUCGACAUGGCAAAUGCCACAAUUAGAGAGGUCCAGAAAGAAAAAGAAAACGCCUUGGAGAUGCUAGCAGAUAGGGAACUAACGAUCGUAAAAUUUAGAGAACUGGUCGCAAAGCUAAAAGAACGCUGUCAAGAGCUGGAGCACCAACUGGACAGGGAAUGCAACAGUAAGGCAGCCAUGAGCCUGAGCAUUCCAGAGAUGCUCGACUACAAGAAGAUUUUCAUAGACUCAAAAGCGCUCGCACGUGCCAUAGACUUAGAAUUAAGACGAAUGGAAGUGGAAAUGUUGCAGCAGCACGUGAAUCUGCUCCAGGCAUUCAUGCCGGAUUCUUUCAUGAAAGGCAGUGGUGAUCAUGACGCUGUUCUUACUUUGCUGUUGAUUCCCCGGCUGAUCUGGAAGAGUGAGAUCCUAAUUUCUCAAACUAGGGAUAAAUUCCCAGCAAUAGAAAUUACUACUAAUCGGGAAGCUCUCCUCAAAGAUCACUCAGCUAAUCAAUUUGCAGCGCGGUCGCGUUUUUGUUCUUAUCUCUACUUCUUACAGGCUGUGCUGCGGCAGUUCCUUAAUGGACUCAACACUUGUCCACCAGAUCUUCUGAUGAAUAUAGCAGGCAUUUUUCCGGAGUUGAACCUCCAUGAGAAAACUAUAGAUAGCUAUGUAGAACUAUUGCGAACGAACCAACUAGAUGAAAAUGUCAAUACUGAUGCGUUAGAGAAGUGCUUGAAUUACUUUUGUGCCAUGCAUCCAGCGUAUCUGCUUCGAGCCGGCGUGAACCUACACCAAAGCUUUUUGCUCUCGGACUAUCACAAAGCAUUUUCAGCGGCUAUUGAUAGCCUCCGCACUGAUGCUGCAAUCAUCAAUGCCGUGAUGCAGCCGGAAUCUAACCCACACGAUAUUGAACUUUUGUGUCAGCACUUAAUGACAUCGUGUGAAGUCAUGUUCACGCACUUGAAACCAGUCCGAUUACUCCUGUCUAGCUCACCUGGUGCUGAGAAAACAGCUGAUUUUGGUCUUGGAGAAAUGUUCUUGCAGAACACCUUAUCUCAAGCUCAAACACAUGCAAUGAAAGCCUCAAAAGUUAUCCGUGAUAUAGCCAGAGUUUCCUUUUCUUCAAUUGUAAUCACUGGAGCUGUUGACAAUGAAGUGGGAAUUGACAAGAACAAAAUGUUCGAAAUUGCCACGUCUUGUUGUGAUCGUGUGUUUGAUGAUACAUUGCAAGGGCCAGUUGCUGUGAUCAAAAAUGAAAUCAAUGCCCUAGCUGCAGAUAUUGCCAAUUUAGCGCAGACGAUUCAAGAGACAAUUCACUCAUCAUCAAACGUUGCUCAGGCGAAAUCGAAAUCUUCCGUUGAGAUUACGCCACCAAUUAUGGUUCGUGCCAAGCAGACCAAAGAAGAAUUAGGAAACACCAAAGUUCUUCGAACGAAGAUCGAGGCUUUGGAUGCUGACAUUCGUGAGUUAAAAAUGACUUUGAGAGCCAAACAAGAAGAAAUCGGGGAGUUGUCCGUGAGGAAAGAGUUAGCAGAGAAGAAACUUGCAAAUGCUGUCAGAGACAAUGAAUUCAAUACUCAAAAAUUACAACGGAAAUUAGAAGAAGCUCAGAAUCAGCUCAAACGAAAAGAGAAGGAGUUUGAAGAGACAAUGGAUCAUUUGCAAUCUGACAUUGACAACCUGGAAGCAGAAAAAGGAGAACUGAAGGACAAACUGAAGAACUACUCCAAAAAAGCAUUUAUCGAGGGUGUUGCAGCCAAGACAGUAGGCGGUUCGUUAACAUCACCUGUUCACAGUGGAGGGCCUGUCCAAGUGAUCGAGUCACCACUGCUUCUUGACGAGAUCGAUAACUUACGGAGAGCCCUGGAUGUGGUGCAAAUGGAGAAAGGGCAGCUAGAAGCGCAGUAUUGCCAGAAGAUUCUGGAUGGCAUGAAACCGUUGAUCAUCCCGCAGAAACCAACAAAAACGAAAUUAGACGAACUCAAAAUUAAAGCCAAAAAUCUACGCCAGGAAUUAUUAAUAAAGUCCUUACCAAAAGUGCCUGAUCUUAGCAAACGAAUUAUUGGUGUGGAGCCAGCCUUAGAUCCUGCUUAUCAGAAGCAUUUCCGUCAGAAAAAAGAAAUGAAGGAAUUGCAAAGGAAAGCAGAUGCUCUUGAGACGGAAAUCCAAGAAGAAAUUAUCAGGCAAAAAGCAGGUAGCGGAAUAGACACUGAUCUAAAAGUAUUUCCAACUCCUGAAAUGACAAAGGCCUUCAAAGAGAUGGAUCCCAUUUUAAUAGGUGAAGUAGUCGUUCCUGUACCCGCCAGCGAUCCCGACAGUGGUCAAACUAGGAAAUUAUUCUUAGAUAGUAAUCAAUUCAAAUGCCUUCAACAGAAGCUCUUGGCUAUGGGAACGUAGAAUCCAAUCAUCAAUUAAGUCCGUACUGUUGAUUUUAUUUUCAUCAAUAUUUUGUUUAUUUUCAAUGCUAGGAUCCGACAAAUGAAAGAUAUCUUUUUGUUUCAAUUUUAUCCCUCAAGAGACUCUUUUAGUUUUUGAUAAAUUUAUUUUUUUCCAAGGUCCUAUUGAUUUUACUGUUGGAGUUGCAAUGCAUGAAAGCAUACUUGAAUUUUAGUUCUGGAUUUUAGUUCUUUUAAAUCGUAGAUCCGCUCACUCUCGUUUCGGUAAAGUCGGUGUAAUUUUAUAAGUCGAAUCAUCAAAGUUUUGUGAAUCACCUUUUUUCUUUUCUUUUUUUAAGAUAUUUGUAGCGAUAUAUUAAUGUAAUUACUUUUUCUGUGAUCGAUAUUUAUUAACCCUGUUAUGCUUCAAGUCUCUUUUGUUAUCGCAUGAUGAAUUUCAUCUACUCCCAAACAUAAUUAAUUAACUAAUAAAUCUUAGAAUUGACUUCAAAACUUUAUGAAGAGGAACCUUCAAUCACUGUUAAUUUUGAUUUACCGUCAUAAUGCUCAUUAACUUCAUUAUUGUACACAUAACUAUUUUUUUAGCUCCUGAAAAUGGCUGUGUUCAGCUGGUUCAAUAUAUCGCCAAUCAAAACUAAUUUUCAUCCAUUUUUAGAUAAAUUAGAUUUCCAAAGAGGAUGAAAAUUUUAUGUGCUGUCAUCAACAUAAUAAUACGCAUUGGAAACUGUCAGUAGUGAUACUUUUUCUUUUACUAUUUAACUUUCAUUAGUGUGGAGAAGUAGUGUAAUUGGACAAGUUUAACCUUGGAUCAGCGUAAUUGCAUCAGAUGUUUCAUAAUUUUCUCUGAUGUUAUAAUCUUAAAACAGAACUAAGGAACUCUGUAACUUGAAAUUUUGUGAGAAUAUUCCUCAAAAUUGAGGGUAAAUUCUCUGAAAGUUAAGUCAGUUUAGUUUUCUGUCAAAAUAAUAAAACGUCAGAGAAAAUUGAGCAGUGUAGAAUGCAGUCAGGCAGAUUCCAGUCCAAUCCAUCCAAAUAAUCGCGUAUUAUAAUAUAGUCAGAAAAUACCUUUUUGUUGAAAAACUUGCGUGCAUGAAUGUCAGCGCAAGUUCCUUUUUUCCAAGCAAAUCGUAACUGAAAAUUAUGGACAUUCAUUAUAAUUUAUUUUGCUUUCUCUUUUCAAUACUACUCACUGUGCUUAACGUAAACAUCUCCAUGAUGAAAUCUAUUCCAGCUUUCAGUGUUGCAGAUGUCUUUUCCAAUUUUGUUUCUUUGAAGGAGGACCAACUAUUGUUAAUGCACAAAUGUUUUAAAAUUGUUGUUACUCUCCUAAAAUUAUUCUCUGCAAAGCACAUGCUAAACUAUCUAGUCACUAUCUGUUAAAAAAUUAAAAAAUGACUGGAGAACUUGAAAUACUGCAAGCAUUAGAACACUGCAAGAGACGUUCUAUUCAAUUUUUCAAAAAAAAACCAUAAACAAGGGCAGAACAAGUUAAAAUGAUAAAUAAAAUUUUAAAUAUUUUUCAGCGCACUCGCAGUUAAGAUUUAUUAAUUGGAAUGUGUUUCAGGGCACAUUAGGCUCCAUGCCCAGCUGUCAGCAAAAUGUAUAAAUAACCUUUAAGUGCAAGUGAGAAUGCUGAAAAAUUUUUAAACAUUUUAUUCACAUGUUAUCCUAUCAAAACUAGCCUUUUCCUGUUAAUAUUGUAAAUUUGCUCAUUUUUUUUACUUUGAUCCUUGUAAAUAAUUUUUGUAAUGUGUUUUAAACAAGUCCUGCGCUACAUAUUUAUUUUCAAACAAUACUAUAGGUGCAGUUAGAGAUGGAACCAUCUUGUUGGAUUGUGGCUAAUUUUAUUUUUUCAAAAGUGCAACGAGAAUGGCUAAAGUGAUUGUUCCUCUAACGCUCACUAAAUUCCGAUAGUAUACCAAGGAGCGUUAAUGUAACAUAAAAAUGAUUUUAAUUAAAGAAUAAAUGAAUUGAUCAUCAA